CGAUCCUCCGGCAUCGACUUCGCAUCGUACGCCGACAUCCCGGUCGAGGUCGAGCUGCCGCGCAGCAUGCCGCAGCUCACGGCAGAGACGGCGCCGGUCGAGCGCUUCGACGAGCUCGAGUGCGGCCGCGUCCUGCAGCGCAACCUUCGCCUCGCCGGCUUUGAGGUGCCGACGCCGGUGCAGGCGCACUCUGUGCCGGUGGCUCUCGCGGGCGGGGACGUCAUUUCGGUGGCGCAGACCGGCUCCGGCGAGACGACUCCGCCUCCAUGCUCUCCCCCCCCUCCCCCCCCCUCUUCACACCUCUCCGCUACGCUCGCCUUCAUGCUCCCGAUCCUCAAGCGGCUGCUGCAGAGCGGCAGUCGGAAGGGGACGCGCGGGUACGGCGGCGCGUACCGCCGCGGCAGGGGGGAGCCGGUCGCUAUCCGCGCCCUGGUCUUGGCGCCGACCCGCGAGCUCGCCCAGCAGAUUCACGCCGAGGCGGAGAAGUUUGCCUUCCGCACCGGCCUGCGCGUCUGCGUGGCGUACGGCGGGACGCCCUUCGGUGCGCAGAUGCGCGAGCUCGAGCGCGGCUGCGACAUCCUCGUCGCGACGCCCGGCCGGAUCAACGACAUGGUGCAGCGGGGCCGCGUCUCGCUGCGCGCCGUGCAGUUUCUGGCCGACCGGAUGCUCGACAUGGGGUUCGAGCCGCAGAUCCGCUCAAUCGUCGAGGAGGCCGAUAUGCCGGCUGGGCGGCGGCAGACGGUUAUGUUCUCCGCAACCUUCCCGAAGGCCGUGCGCGGCAUCGCAAACUCCUUCCUUGUCGACCCGCUGAUGCUCAAGGUCGGCCGCGUGGGCGGCGCGGCGCUCUCCGUCACCCAAAAGGUCGUCUUCGUUGCGGGCCGCGACAAGACGGACGAGACGGUCGAGCUGCUGCAGGCGGUGCCCGGCAAGACCAUCGUCUUCGUCAAUACGAAGCGCGCCGCCGACACACUUGAGGCCGAGCUGAGCGCGUGCGGCCACCCCGCGGCGUCGGUGCACGGCGACAAGGACCGCUCCGCCCUCUUCUCACAACCUCCCUCUCUCGCCCGCGCGAGAGAGCGCGCCCUCGGAGACUUCAAGUCGGGGCGGAUCAACGUCCUCGUCGGCACGGACGUGCUCGGCCGCGGCAUCGACGUGCCCGAGGUGACGCACGUCAUCAACUACGACGCGCCCGACGACAUUGAGGACUACACGCACCGGAUCGGCCGCACGGGCCGCGCGGGCAACACCGGCCUCGCCACCACCAUGCUCAACGCGGCCAACCGCAACAUCGCGCGCGACUUGCUCCACACGCUCACCACCUCCAAGCAGGAGGCGAGGGCGCCAGAGUGGCUCGCCGACAUGGCGCCACUCAGGAAGGGAGGCGGCCGCGGGCGCCGCGGCGGCGGCGGCGGGCGAGGGCGUGGCAGGCGCCCCAGCCGGUACGGAGGCGGCGGCGGCGGCGGCGGAGCCUACCGCGGCGGCGGGGGCGGGGGCAGUCGCCGCUGGUGA